AUGGUCAACUUCAAUGGGAGCUUUGUCUCCCCUCUCGCGGACGCGAGAGUGGUACCCCAACUGUCUGAUCCCUCCAGUGUGCUGAUGUCGCUCUACAACCGUCUCAAUGGCAUCUCGAUCUGGUCUACUCUUCUGUACCUUUUUCUUGCGGCCGUCGCAUAUGAUCAGUUGAAAUACAUCUAUAACAAGGGAUCGAUUGCCGGCCCGGCUAUGAAAAUUCCGUUCAUGGGACCUUUCCUCCAGUCGGUGAACCCCAAAUUCCACGAGUACAAGGCCAAAUGGAACAGCGGAGAGUUGAGCUGCGUGUCGGUUUUCCACAAGUUUGUCGUGAUCGCGUCGAGCCGUGACCUGUCGCGGAAGAUCUUCAACUCGCCCGCCUACGUCAAGCCCUGCGUCGUGGACGUGGCUCACAAGCUGCUCGGCAAGGACAACUGGGUCUUCUUGGACGGAAAGCCCCAUGUCGAGUUCCGAAAGGGAUUGAACGGCCUCUUUACCCGCCAGGCGCUGUCUCUCUACCUGCCACACCAGGAAGCUGUCUACGACAAGUACUUCAAGCACUUUCUGGAACUCUCCGCCAAGAAUGACUACAAGCCCAUCCCAUGGAUGCCGCAUUUCCGCGAGUUGAUGUGUGCCGUCUCCUGCCGUACCUUCGUGGGUGACUAUAUUUCGGACGAAGCGGUCAAGAAGAUUGCGGACGACUAUUAUCUGAUCACUGCGGCCCUCGAGUUGGUCAACUUCCCGAUCAUCAUCCCUUACACCCGCACCUGGUACGGAAAGAAGGCUGCGGACAUGGUGCUUGACGAGUUCGCCAAGUGUGCCGCGAAGAGCAAGGCCCGCAUGGCUGCUGGUGGCGAGGUUACCUGCAUCAUGGAUGGCUGGGUCAAGGCUCAGCUCGACUCGGCCAAGUACCGCGAGAAGAUCGAAAAGGGCAUUCCCGUGGAUGAGUCGGAGAAACCGGCGAGCGUGCUGCGCGACUUCACCGACUACGAGAUUGCUCAGACUAUCUUCACGUUCUUGUUCGCUUCGCAGGAUGCGACCAGCAGCGCUUGCACGUGGCUCUUCCAGCUCAUGGCUGACCGCCCGGAUGUCCUGGACAAGGUCCGUGAGGAGAACUUGCGGGUGCGCAACGGCGACCGGAACGCCCGGAUCACGAUGGAGCUGCUUGACCAGCUCACCUACACGCGCGCGGUGGUGAAGGAGACCCUGCGUUACCGCCCUCCGGUCAUCAUGGUUCCUUACAUUGCCAAGAAGGACUUCCCCAUCACCGACUCGUACACCGUGCCCAAGGGCUCCAUGAUCAUCCCGUCCGUCUACCCGGCGGCCCACGACGCUGAGGCGUACGAGGACCCUGAGACGUUCAACCCGGACCGAUGGAUCACGGGCAAUGCGGAGGAGCAACACAAGAACUGGCUGAUCUUUGGCACGGGGCCGCACUACUGCCUGGGCCAGACGUAUGCGCAGCUCAACCUGAUGGCGCUGGUCGGCAAAGCCAGUAUGCACCUGAACUGGGAGCACUUCCCGACGCCCAAGUCGGAGGAAAUCAAAGUGUUUGCUACGAUUUUCCCUCAGGAUGACUGCCCUCUUGUCUUCACUCCUCGUGCGUAA